AGAAGAGAGUCUUCGUGUGGAAAAAUAUUCUCAUUCUCUCUCUUCUUCCUCCAUGAAUCUCCUCAAAACGAUUCAUCACCAGUCCACCACUACUCAAUUUUACCGUUUCGCCACUACACACUCCUUUGCUUCCUCUUCCUCUUCCUCUUCUUCUCUGCUGUCACUCUCUCCACAAAGACCCAGAAUCUCUCUCCUUUCCACCUCCAACCGAACCUCCUUCGCACUCUCGAGCAUCUCCAGCACCAGAGCUUCGUUCUCAGGUAAUCAAGAGGAUGAUGGGAAGAGAGAAGAAUCUGGAGAUGAAUUGGUUUACCAGAAGACGCUGAGGCUGGUGGAGUGCGCCAUGUUCGCUGCCGUCACGGGACUCGUUUACUUCCUCAGCAACUCUCUCGCCAUCGAGAACUACUUUGGGUGUUUCUUCGCAUUGCCAAUAGUGAUCUCUUCGUUAAGAUGGAACAUCGCAGGCGGCAGGAAGACAAUGGUUGCUACUGUCAUGCUCUUGUUCAUAUUAUCAGGUCCGGUCAAAGCUUUAACUUACUUUCUUAUGCAUGGUCUUCUGGGGCUUGCAAUUGGUUCAUUGUGGAGGAUGAAGGCAAGCUGGCGUCUCUCCAUUUUCUUGUGCACAAUGGUCCGAGCAUUGGGUCUCAUAGGAUAUGUUCUGACAUCAUCCUUCCUAAUAAGAGAAAACAUUCUUGCUGUGAUCACAAUCAACAUCCACGCCUCUCUCUCCUAUGUUUUCACUGCCAUGGGCCUGAACCUAAUGCCUUCCAUGAGCCUCAUCUAUAUGAUAUUCGGAACAGUGCUAUUGCUAAACAGUGGAUUCUUUGUGCUGUUGCUGCAUAUCCUCUACUCAAUCUUCCUCACAAGACUUGGGAUGAAAUCUUCGUUGAGGUUACCUGCCUGGUUAGACAAAGCAAUAUGAUGGUAUUCACAGGAUCCACACAGAAACAGAAAGCAGAGUUGGUGGUAGAUUUUGUGUAGAGCAUCUUUGGUGGAGCAUAUUUUUGUAAAACUUGUAGUGCUCACAAGCAAAUCCAAACCCCAAACAAAAAUUUGUUUAUAAUCUGAUCAGUACUCUAAUUUUCAUAUCACACUCAGAAACCGAACAGAUCAAAGGAACACUCUGUGUGGUCCUCAUCAGCCUAGGUAGAUUGUCUCAUUUCAACGACUCUAGCCUUUUCUUUUAUGUAAACAAAGUUGCUCUUGGCAUUUGAUGUCAAUAGCAUUAGCAUCCAGGUCUCGUCUUUGAGUAAGAACGAACAUAAAGAAGAGUAAUCUUAUUAAAUAUAGAGCUACUCAAGAAUGUAUUCCAAAUGUCUAACUUAGGUGAAGCGAAUCAGUCUCAUCGUCUACGUAGAGAAACCAAACCACGGAAGCUCUCACAAAACGCCUCCAGUGAGAAAAAUAACCAAAAAAAAAAAAGAA